UAACAAUUUGUUAAAGCUAAGAGACAAAGUUUAGCAUAACCGUCGGUGCCCAUAACAUCCCUCUACCAGAUUUCUUCCUCAAACAAACCACAUCCUCUGUUUUUCUUUCAACCAAAAAUAUCUCACUUUCCUGAAGGAAAAAGAAAAAAACUGGCCAUGUUCGAGCCCAAGGCAGAGCCCGGAAAGAAUUAUGGUGGUUACCAUGUGAAGGAGUACGGUGACCGGGCGAGAAGAGCGGCGCAGAAUUAUACGAGUUAUAUGAGUGGACGGGAUGUGGCGUUGAAUGACAACAAUGAAUCUGCGUUUUUGUCACCGCCUUUGUGGAAGACAAGUCCGACUGCGAGUCCACAGCAUCGGAGAGUUAAUUACAGAUGUUUGUCUCCGUCGUCGAAAGCUCAGGCCAUUGCCAGAGGGCAAAGGGAGCUUAUGGAAAUGGUCAGUAAAAUGCCCGAGUCUUCUUAUGAGCUUACUUUGAAGGAUCUUGUGGAGCAGCAGCCCGUUGAUGAAGUUGGCAAUAGACAAGAAAGUUUUAGAGACGAGAAUAGAGAUAAGAAGGAAACAGUGAGAAGGAAUGAUCAGAAUUACAAGAAGGUGCAAGUUAAGAGAAACGGAAGUUUAAAUAAUAAUAAUAAUAAUAAUAGCAAUGAUGGGUUUUUGCUCAAGAUGGUGUUUCCUGUUGGGUUCGGCUCCAAGAAAAAGAAGAAGAAGAACGAUUUGGGGAGAAACAACAGUUCGAAAAUUUCUCCCAAGUCGCCCGUUACUGACGGAUCUGAUAAAAGUGUUGAUAAAGAGUGGUGGAAGAAGAGAUUUUCGGUUUCAAGUGACAGCAGUGAAAGCACUGGAUUGAGCAGCAACAGUGGGAGUGGCAAGAGCACCGUUAGCAGCAGUAGUAGCUCCAGUAGCAGGCAUGAGAAGGAUGGUUGCUGGCCUUUCGUUCGCACCAAGAAAUGCAUAAAGGCAGCAUGAAUCAGAUGUCUCAACCCAGUUGCAGUAAAUAAUGUUUAUAUAGAGUAGAAAUUACAAUAAUGUUAAAGGAAAAAAAUUCCCAGAAUAGCAUGUACAUUAAAGAUGUUUGGCCCUUUUUUUCCUUUUGGGGUUUUUUUCUUGGAUUUUAUAUAUUUUUUGAACCUUUGUGUCUGCGAGAUAUGAGUGUUGUUGUUGUCGAUCGAUGAAGAUCGAUCAACUGAACAUUAUUGUUAUUAUUAUUAAUGUAAUGAAUAUGAAGCAAGUGCUACUGUAAGCAAAAGCAAA